GGGGAAGUUUGUGAUUACAUUGAAUCAUCUAGGAUAGGUCAAAGUCAACCAUGGUUUCAACCCUCAUCAUCGCUCUCUUAAUUGGUACCCUGAGAAAAACAGGGUUUCAUUAAAAGCUCACUUAAAGUCGUAAAGCUGAUCCUCUGGGUGAUAAUAAAGCCAGCAACAUCACUUGUUUACAGAGCCCUGCAAGUCCACCAACUACAAGCACCUCUUGGCAACUAAGUGAUCAGACAUAAGUAUCGUCUAGAUCAUUUUCUGGUACGUCAAGAGCAUGAGGCCUUACUUCAACUUCAUGUCGAAGGACGGAACGAUACCCACCAUCGAUACGAGAAUCAAACGCAAGCAUGUCAACGCCGCCAUCGAACAGUGUUUGCUACUUUGGAAAGGUCUAGCCACCAUCUUGGUGCCUAAUCAACAAGACCCAGAAAAUAUCUUUCUAAGGCUCCCACCCGAGUUACGCAACAAGGUUUACACUUUCGCGCUUGAAAUUGGCCCGGCCCCGACUUCAAGUAUUCGCAUACCUUACUCAAGCUAUUCUUCGAAAGGUCAAAGAAUGAAACAUGGAAGUAGCACAGCUCUUCGCCUGUGUAAACAACUCUAUAUCGAAGCGAGUUCAAUGAUGAAAGCUUUCGAUGUCGCGUACAUUCCGGUCACGGCGUCAAUGAACUACGUAGCUCUCAUCGACAGCGUUCUGCAGCACGGACCAUUGUCACUAUCACCGACACAAAGCACGAUAUUCGCAGCUUUGACAACCUUCAUGAACGUUCAUUUCCACCUGCACAUUGGCUAUUGGCCGUCUAAAGAUUUGGCCGACGAAGAGCCAAAUCUCAAUCCCAAUGCGGCAUAUAGCUAUGGUCGCGCCCGUCAAGCUCUUCUAAUCUACUCUUGUGCGUCAGCGCUCGUCCAUCAAGCGCAAAGCUAUAAAAACACGAACUGGGAAGUGAGAUAUUACGUGCACGCUGGUGGUCAAAAGAAGGCGCGGCAGUGGUUGGAGUGGGAUGGGCGCUUGACGAAGGAGUUUCUGCGUCUUGAAGAACAGUGCUGUAGGUUUCCCAACAUCAAGUUGGUAGCAGAGGUUUACGGGGAAUUGACGUGGUCACUUGAAGGAAAGGCCCCGGGAAUUACCAGGUGCAUUACCCCGAGUAGCACACUUUGGCCUUCGUGGCCUGAUGAUGUCCCUUGGAGAGCGUUCGAGAGGGUGCGAUCGGACGAAGCUGUGCCACUGGAAGACUCUCCUUUACACGCCGGCAGUGGCGAAUGAGGUAGAAUGCAUUUUCCACACGGAGCACCUCUUCACGAGUAUAUAUAGUAGAGUUAUUGCC